AUGAAAUUCGUAGGCAAAGAUGGUACUGUUGCGGGUCGGACCAUUGAUAGAGCCGAUGCUCGUGCUCGGGCAGCUGUUGAUGAGGCUGGUACCUCAGUGUUACGUGCUGGACGAGUUCCUCUGACCGGUUCUAACCGAAAACGGAGGGCUGAGCAGGCGGGUAGGGGGUUCCUCGCACCUUGUCGUCGGGGUGGUAGAGCAUCCACUGCUGUGGACGAGCAGGUGGUUCAGGAUGAUGUUGCUGAGGUUGAGGCGGUGGCUGUUGCUGGGGAGGAGGUUGCUGUUGCUGAGGAGCAAGUUCCUAGAGUUGAGGAGCGGGUGGCUGUAGUUGAGGAGGAGGUUGUUGAGGAGUGGGUGGUGCACGAUACGGACACCACCCCAGGUGCAUCUACGGAGCCAUCAGUAUACACUGAUGGAGCUUUUCCAGGAGGACCUUUUGACAAGUCCGUUUUGACAGGAUAUGCUGACCAUGUCGCUUAUAGGAUAUGGCAUGGAGAGGAGCGUCCAGUGCUGAAGCUCACUUCUCACGGGUCGAAGUUGAAGAACUUUCCCGAGAGACCGAUGCUUGAGCAAGUGGCGAGGAUAGUUCGGGACUUCCAUUUGAUGGACUUUGCUGGAUGCUCCUUGACGAUGCUGGACGUCCCUAUAUUAUCAGCUUUUGUUGAGAGAUGGCACCCGGAGACAUCAUCCUUCCAUCUUCCAUUCAGGGAGAUGACAGUGACUCUGGAUGAUGUGCAUUCCCUAUUUCACAUUCCGAUUGUUGGUACGUUUUUCACACCAGUUCAUAGGGACCAGACGAUGGCGGUGCACAUGGUGAUGGAUGCUUUAGAGGUUGAUGAGCUGGUUGUGCUUAAGGAGUUUGGUGACACUCGGGGCUUUCACCUCAAGAUGUCUUGGUUGAGGAGGGUUUAUCAGGAGCUUGUCGAUGCAGGGAGGUAUCAGGCUGCCGCUAUGGCGUACAUGCUACAUCUAGUGGCAUGUACUCUCUUUGCGGACAAGUCUGGAGUUUAUAUAGACGUCAGCUAUCUUUCUCUAUUCAUCAACCUUGAGACCCCAUGUUGGGCUUGGGGAGUGGCGGCAAUGACGAUGCUGUACACGACGCUUGAUGUCGCAUCUUGUCUUGACACCAGACAACUUGCUGGUUAUCUGAGCUUGUUACAGUGUUGGAUCUACGAGCAAUUCCCUCACAGCUGCGAGCGGAAUACCCAGCGUUGUGCGGCUGCUGACCCUUAUGCAAGGAGGUGGAAGGCCGGACAGACCCAUCAUGGAGGGGUGAUUGAGUACAGACGGAGGCUGGAUGCUUUGACGCUGUAUGAUGUCAUCUGGACACCGUAUACAGGUCACUGCGAUCAUCUUCCUUUUGAUGUAUCUUCUUUAUAUUCAGGGUAUGUCAUAUGGGAGAGCCAUGUGGCUAGACACUUGCUUGAGAGGUGUCUACGUCAGUUUGGUUAUAUACAGGGCAUCCCACGUCCGGUCCCAGAGACUCUAGCUGGUGGCAUUGAUCGUUGGAUUCAAAGUCACAUCCUCAGCUCCCUCGAGAUCAUUGAUACAACCAUUGCGGUUCAGUAG